AUGUCAUUUGGCGUUUAUUAUACACAAUUUUUUGUUGCCGUUGAUUGUAGUAUAUUUAAAUACAAUUUUUUUAUUGUUGCUCCUGAUUUCAUUCCAUGGGAUGAAACAGCAAAAUUUAUAGUUUUACCUGGAUGGGAUUUGAAUGAUGAGGUACAUUACCUUACUUAUUCUAUUUAUAGUGGUGAAAAUAAUGAUAUAUUAUUAAGAAAUUCAUCUAUUCCACUAUCAAAUAAACAAUUAUUAACAGUUAGUAUAACAAAUUUACCAAUAUUUGAUUUAUAUUUUUUUAUUUUCGAUAUAAAAAAUAAAAAAAAAGAAGAAUUUAAAAUUUAUGGUGGUAAUAGUAUAAAACAUAUUUAUAUUCAAAGUGAUAAAAAAAUAUAUAGACCAAGUGAAAAAGUUAAAAUUGUAGCAUUACCAAUAAAAAUUAAUGGUAAUCUAUAUAAUAAACCACUUACAUUUUCUAUCCUUGAUUCAAGAAAUGUAAAAAUUAUAAUACAAAAAAUAUAUUAUUCUUGGGAAAAAAAUUUUUAUCAUUAUGAAUUUGAGUUACCAAAAUUUAAUUGUACUGGAAGGUGGACUAUAUUAGUUCAUCCAUCAUCUUCAUACAAAAUUUUAUCACAUCAUUUUAAAACUACUAUUUAUGUUCAAGAUUAUAUUUUACCAUUAUAUAAUUUUUUUAUGGAUGUUAAAUCUACUGAUGAUGAAUGGAUAUAUGAAGUUACUACUAUUGCUAGACAUAGUAUUGGAAAAGAUGCUAUUGGAAAUAUUGAAAUUGAAGGAAUUUGCGAUAAUAAUCAUAGUAAUACUUUAAUUGGUCCAGAUUUCUUUAAUCUAUCAUUAUAA